AUGAAUCUAAAGUGUGCCUCCAAGCUCCAAAAAAUCGGAUGUGAAAAGUACAAAUUAACUCUGAAAGCCCCACCAAAGUGCCUCGCCCGCAAGAACUUUCAACACAUAACCUUCAAUGAGGAUGAGGAUAUCCUGAUAGCAAUAGAUACGAAAGGGGUAAGCUAUCAUCUACAGUUGAUCUCUGGUGACUGGUGGGUGAAGAAGCUGGGCUUAGUCGGGCAAUCUACCUUCGUCUCCUUCAGCGGGAUCCAAAAAAACGAAUUAAUUAUCGGUUUAACUUCAAAAGACAUCAAAAUUCUGAACACAUAUAACUUCUCACCCGAAAAAUACUGUCUCUUGAAGGCCCACCAUCUCCCUCCGGGCUUCAUCUCUUUCUACAAAAGCUAUUGUCUCACAGCCUCACGAAAAGAGGCGGUCAUAUGGAACAUCAAGACAGGCAAAAAAGUCCACCAACUGCGGUUGGAGACCAAAGAGUCAUCGAUAAAAAAAGCCCUGAUCGCCCCGAACGGAGUAAUCGUGAUUCUCUACGAUAGUGAUAUCCUUCAAUCCUGGCAGUUCGAACUAUUCUCCUCCGAGAAUCGUAUAUCAACAAAUCAGUAUGGAGUCCGCAACGCCAAAGAUUUUAUUUUCACGGACAACGGUAGAGCCAUAAUAAUUUGCGGUGCCAACCGCAAACUUCUGAUUUACAAUACAAAAUCAUGGAAUGUAAUUUGUAAAUUGGAGUUACCAGACGGAACUUCAGGAGUGAAGAGAGUGUUUAACUUCCCUCAGAUAGUGGACUAUACCAGUAAGAUGGUGGCCAUCUUGUUUGAAGAUGGCUGCUUGCGAUUCUUCGAUCUAUCGAAGAAAUGCUUCGUAUCGAUGCCCGAGAGGCCUUUGAUGGGUGUUAGGAAGGCUGUCGUCUCUCCAGGGGGUCAAUGGCUGGCAACCAUUACCUUCGAUGGCUCCUUAAUCCUAUCCUCCGUUGAUAAUCUCCUAACACCCUCCCCAAAGCCCCCUAAGACUUCAACAUCGGGUGAAAUUCAGUCACACGACGUUCACGACCACCUACAAUGCGUAAGAAGUGAUGUCCAGAUGGAAUUGACCUUGCCUCGACUCAUACCAAUUCUCAAGGAGUUCGGGGAGUACCCGGAGCGUCAUAGGGCCCUCAUCUGGAAGACUCUCCUCAGGCUGCCUGACAAUAGGCUUGAGUAUCUCAGAUUGUCCGAGAAGAUUCUCAAUGAGACAGACGUCGAGAUGCUGAAGAAGUGGAAUCUCGCGGACACGAACAAGCACAUGAUACUCUCGGUGACAGUUGAAAGACUAAUUCAAUUCUGUCCUCUUCUGGGGCAGGUCUCUUUCUUACCGGAGCUGGUGUUCCCUUUUGUCGUGACCUUCCGGAGGGAUCCUAUUGCCGGGUUUGAGACGAUACUCAUGAUAUUAUGGAACUUCUGUCAGAAGUGGUUUGAGUACCAUCCUCUGCCACCUCUCAACGUUCUGGGAAUCAUUGAGAAUAUCCUCGGAGAAGUUGACCCUCAGUUGUUGGAAUUCUUCUAUCAACGGGGCGUUACAUCUACUGACUAUGCUUGGCCCCUGCUGAAGACGACUUUCAGCGAGGUAUUGACGGGGAGUGAGUGGAUGUCCCUAUGGGAUCAUCUACUAACCAUUGGACGACCGUCCAUGCUGAUAUUCUGUGUUGUGGCGUAUAAUGUAUGUAAUAGGGAAGCCAUUAAGGAAAUUUUAGAGACGAAGAACGACUUCCCGAUAUUCAUCGAAAACCAAGGGUCUCUUUCGGCGCAGAAGAUCUUAAAAAUGGCGGAGAGGCUCGACAAUGAGGUCUCGGAACAGAAUCACCCCAGGGUGUAUUUGAGAGAGAAUUGGAAAUUUUUGCCUAGCAGUGGUCCCUAUCCACCAUUUCCCCUCAAAGAAUAUCCCAACUUCUUGAUUGGAAACUUGGGAAGUGCUAAACAAAUGUUGGACAUGAAGCAGGACGCAUUAAUGAUGAAGCAAGAGAGACAAAAAAUGACGGAAAUUUUGGAGGCAAAAAAAUUGAAGGAAGAGAGCGAAAAUUUUCUAAGAGACAUCAACCAGAGGAGAACUCAAGAGCUAGAAAAGUGUUUUCAAGAACAGCUAAGGGUAACAACGAUGAAUUUGACUGCUGAACGUGCAAAAUUAGCAACAUUAUCCAAUAAAACUCGUCUGCGUAGAAGGAGGAAUGCGACUUUAAAAGCUCAUGGUAGAAACAGUGAAGUUGUUCAUACGGCACCCGAAGGAAACAGCAAUCAUUAUGAGAAGUUGAUGGAAGAGGUGAUAACUCUUUACGACGAGAUCAACGUUUUCCUCCAAAGCCUGAGGACCUCAGGAUGAAAAACCCAAUCCGAAAAUGCAUUCCAAGUAUUUUGUUGUAAAUAUCUAAUGCUCAAUAUAAAGUCUAUAUUUUUUAAUAUUUUCAGCGUAUUUUUUUUUAUAAGAAUAUAUUUUUUAUUGCGUAUAAAGACUGGAAAGGAAUGCCUAGGAAAUGGAAAUAAAAACAAACGCCACAAAUGUAUUUCAUUGUAAAUAUUUGAUUUAAAAUAUAAAUGCUAUUUUUUGUAAAUAUUGUCAGUAUAAUUUUUGAAUAUAAGAAAAUAUUUUCUGGUGUUGAUAUAUGCUAGAGAGGAAUGACUGUAGUAAAUGGAAUUAUAAAUUGGAAAUUGAUAUUUACUGAAAA